AGCACGGAGCGCGAGCCGCUCGGAGGCGGGGCCGUCUACCCGAGCCGCGCCGAGCCUCCGGACAAUGGGGCCCCGGCGGCUGCUGCUGGUCGCCGCGGGACUCAGUCUGUGCAGCCCCCUGCUGUCGGCCCGCGCCCGAGGCCGCAAGCCCGAGUCAAAAGCAACCAAUGCUACUGUGGAUCCCCGGUCAUUUUUUCUCAAGAAUACCAAUGAUAUAUUUGAACCAUUCCCACUGGAGGACAAUGAGGAGAAAAACGGGAGUGAGUUCCCUGAAGACAGACUAAGCUCCAUCAAUGUAAGCCAUCCUCUUCAAAAACGGCCCCCUGGGUUUAUCACGGAAGAUGCCUGGGGAUAUCUGACCAGUGCCUGGCUGACGCUUUUUAUCCCCUCUGUCUACACUGGCGUGUUUGUAGUAAGCCUUCCUCUGAAUGUCAUGGCCAUCCUUGUGUUUAUCUUGAAGAUGAAGAUCAAGAAGCCCGCUGUGGUGUACAUGCUGCAUCUGGCCACGGCGGAUGUGCUGUUCGUGUCAGUGCUCCCGUUCAAGAUCAGCUAUUACUUUUCCGGCAGCGAUUGGAAGUUUGGUUCUGAAAUGUGUCGCUUCGUCACCGCGGCCUUUUACUGUAACAUGUAUGCCUCCAUCAUGCUCAUGACAGUCAUAAGCAUUGACCGGUUUUUGGCCGUGGUUUACCCCAUCCAGUCCCUCUCCUGGCGUACUCUGGGGAGGGCUUCCUUCACUUGUCUGGCCAUCUGGGCUAUGGCCAUCGCGGGGGUGGUGCCUCUCCUCCUCCAGGAGCAAACCACCCAGGUGUCGGGGCUCAACAUCACCACCUGCCAUGACGUGCUCAAUGAAACCCUGCUCGAAGGCUAUUACGCCUAUUACUUCUCAGCCUUCUCUGCUGUCUUCUUCUUUGUGCCCCUGGUCGUUUCCACCAUCUGCUAUGUGUCUAUCAUUCGAUGCCUUAGCUCCUCCGCGGUCGCCAACCAGAGCAAGAAGUCCCGGGCUUUGUUCUUGUCGCUUGCUGUUUUCUGCAUCUUCAUCAUCUGCUUCGGACCCACAAAUGUCCUCCUGAUUCUGCAUUAUUCAUUCCUUUCUCAAGAGUCCACGACAGAGGCUGCCUACUUUGCUUACCUCCUCUGUGUCUGUGUCAGCAGCAUAAGCUGUUGCAUUGACCCCCUGAUUUACUAUUAUGCUUCUUCUGAGUGCCAGAGGUACCUCUACAGCAUCUUAUGCUGCAAAGAAAGCUCUGAUCCCGGCAGCUACAACAGCAGCGGUCAUUUGAUGGCGAGUAAAAUGGAUACCUGCUCUAGUAACCUGAAUAACAGCAUAUACAAAAAGCUCUUAACUUAGAAAAGGGGACUGCUGGUGAGGUAAAAAGAAGAGGUUAAAAAAGUGAAUAGCUUGAGGAUUCUAUUAGUCCCUGCCAAAAAGGUAUUUAUGAUCAAAAACGACAAGUCUGAUUUGCAUGUCUCUUUCUUACAGAGCCAUUGAUCAUAUCUAUUCGUUAGUUACAGGAAAAGAUAACAAGAAGAGAAAACAGUAUCAUUCCAAGAGAGUAUUGCCAGCGCUACAAUAAUAACUGAAUGUCAUUUUCUGAGACUUAGGUGACCUACCGUGUGUGUGUGUGUAGGUGUG